GAUAAUAUACCGCCAUGUGGUAGCCUUCUUUUCUUUUCUCUUCAGAAAAAAACCCACCCUUUUUUUCCCAGUUUUGCCUCCAAACAUGCUCAUUCUCGGAAAAUCCUGAUCCAGGUCUUUCUUAACCUUUUUUCUUUCUCGGGAAAAUAAAAAACAAGGAAAAUUUCAAGAGAAAAAAGAUGUUUGGUUCAGGCAUGAAUUUGAUCACAACAGUGAUCGGUUUUGGAAUGAGUGCCACUUUUAUUGUGUUUGUUUGUACGAAAAUGAUCUGUCGGAGAAUUAGAGGGUCCCAAACCCGACUCUUGUUUCAGACCGAAUCCAGGAUUGAUCUCGAACAGGCAGAGGCAGAAAUUGGAGGGGUUGAACCAGUAGUGGUAGCUGCAAUACCCACCAUCAAGUUCAAUCGUGAAGCUUUCAAGUCCAUGGAAGAUGCACAAUGCUCGAUAUGCUUAGGCGAGUACGAAGAGAAAGAAGUGCUAAGAAUCAUGCCCAAGUGUGCCCAUAAUUUUCACCUUUCUUGCAUCGACGUUUGGCUCAGAAAGCACUCCACUUGCCCGGUUUGCCGUACGCCGUUACUCGACUCGUUGGAAUUCGACACUGGCCAAUCAGGCACGUAAGAUCGGAUCCAAUUACUCCUAAGCCUUUAUUUUCUUUGAAAUUUUAAUAUCCGAUACGUUUGGAUAUAUUAAAGAAAAUAUAUUUGAGUCCAUUCGUGGGUGAAAAGUAUGGCACUGGGUGGGAUUUUCUGUUGACUCCAUUUUGUACAUAAAUUACCAUUCCUUCAAUUUGAUUGUUGUAUUUAGUUUUA